AUGGGGCAGAUCAUUGUCCCGGAGAUGAACAAAAUAUCUAGUGAAGGAUUUGAUGCAUAUGAUGUUAGCCUGUCUGAGGAGGUCUUGGUAAUGACCUCAGUAUUUUCCUUCCUUGGAGACUCCCCUAUGCAUGCCGAGGUCACGAGUACUCCGGUUCCUUCAGCUGCUCUCAACCCUUGCCGAUUUUGUGUGUUAUCGGCUCCAAGCUUACUGGAAAAAAGCCCUAAUAAGCACCGGCAUUGGCCUCAAAUGAUUGAAGACUCAAAAAAAAUCUGGAAUUUGGCGAAGGAGAAAAAGAGUGAAAAAAAAUCAGACGAACUUUCAAUCAAGUGUGGUGUUCGAGAUCAACUUAAUCGCCACUUUGCCUCCGAAAUCUACCAAUCUAAAAGACUCAAGAAAAAGCUCAAAAAGAAUAAAGAAACGAUUCCGGAUCACUUAAAGUCAGGAAUUCCACAACACAUAGUUGAUCUAGAGAAAAAUGACCCAACAGAUUUAUUCAACCCAUAUUCAGAACUUGAAGGUGUUAAGGUUCCUCUUGAUAUAACCCCUUUCUCUGAAGUAGAAAAACUGAUUCUUGUGGUUGUAAUUCCAGGAUUUGACGGGACAAUACAUACUCCGGUAGAAAUCCUGCAUGUCUUCUUGCUUGGUAUGGUAAAAUACCUUUUUCGUGAUUUCAUGAAUAGCCUCAAACCUACCGAAAAGGAUGAACUUAUUGGACUAUGGCGAUCAUUCGAAACCGAUGCUUUGAACAUACCUUCACUCAAACCCGUCGGUCUUGUCAAAUACUACUCUAGUUUAAUUGGGAAAGAUUUUAAAGUCAUAGUUCAAGCAGCUCCUUUCUUAUUCUUUCAAUUCAUGGACGGCCCCCGAAAAAACAUCUGGCAUGCUCUUUGUCAUCUGGCACCGCUAGUAUUCCAGACUCACAUCACAGAUAUGGAUGAAUUUUUAUCUGAAUUGAAGAUCCGAAUUGACACUUUCCUAUACCAUAUCAUCAAAUCCUCUGCUCAGUGGAUUAAUAAACCAAAAUUUCACAUGUUACUGCAUCUUCCGGAAUCUAUCCGACUCUAUGGGCCUGCGACUCUCUUUGCUACUGAGAAGUUUGAAAGUUAUAACGGCAUUAUGCGGAAUGCUUCAGUUCACUCAAAUCGCCACAGUCCUGGUCAUGAUAUUGCUAUCACCUUUAGCAGUUAUCAUUCAUUCCGUCAAAUCCUCUCGGGAAGUACCUUUUAUGAUUCGAAAAAGAAGACACUCACGAAAGCUUCAACUCAAGUAACAGAUGUUUUUACCCUGAAUCCCAACAUCCAAACUACUUUUGGCUAUAACUAUUCUACCUUAAAUCCAACUGCAUCCUAUCCAUCAAUCAGAAAAGAAAAUGUUUCAAAAGCGGAUAUACUUGCAGUUCCUGAAGAUCUAAGAAGUCAUUAUCUUUACCACCACAUCCACAAGUCUCUUCGUUAA